AUGGACGCUGAUGGUGGUUGGUUAGUGACGCUAGUGACGUCAUCGAUCCGCGACCACGCAAGCGGUUUGUUCAGUUCGGGGAUUUUGAUUUAUCCAACUAUUGACCCUGUAUUGACUCUGUAAGUACAUUACACACAAGUUAUAAAAACACAGGCGUCUCUCACAGUAUUAAUGACAGUUUUGUUAGAUUUUCAAGCUUUGAUUGCCUCUUUAUCUUUAAAUUUAAGUGAAUUAGCUGCGGUUUGUUAGCUGCUCUCUGUAUUCAAAUGACUUCGUUGAUUGGUCAAAGUGUCAAAAAAAUGAGAUGUUGCGUAUUUAGAGACUUUAUGGUUUUGCCCUUGAUGUAUUUUUUUCACAGUGUGCCUAUACUCUGAGGUAAUAACUCUGUCUUGUCAGAGUCAUGGCAACAGAGGGAGUGGAAAAGAUAAGUGAAGAUGCUCCAGCAAGUGGGAAAGCCAGCACCAGGUUCGACCUGGAGAAGGAGACUGAGCUCCGGUUUGAGGUGGAGGCAGGGGAGGCAGCAGAGCAAGUGGAGAUGGAGCUCCUCACAGGAAUGGCUGAGGUGUUUGGCUCAGAACUGAACCGCAACAAGAAGUACACAUUUGGACCAGGCGCCAAGAUCGCUGUGUUUACCUGGCAGGGGUGUAGUGUUAAUCUGUAUGGAAAGCCGGAGGUGAGGACUGAGUGUGUGUAGAUGAUGUUAAGUUUCUGUGUUUUAUAAAUGCUUAUUUGAUGAUUAAAGUGAUAUUCCGGCGUAAAAUUAAUUUAGGGUCAAACACACCGAGUUAGACGCCCCUUUGAGAGAUGAAUGUUGCUGAUCGCUUGCUUCUCUAGUUAUACCAACUUUAGUAACAAACGCAGGAUAGCGAUACACAGCGGUCUGAGGAGCCACACACAAACCUCAACCAAAAGGCCACUCUAUAGCCACAAAUAAUGCUCAGAACAGCACCUAACUUCAUCAACAGUACAUAGGACUAGCCACCAAACAUCUUUUUAACUUUGCCCGAUUUCUUGGGCCUGCUGCAGUCAGUAAUGGACUGGCCAGAGGUCUCACUUCAAACAAGCGGCUGCUGGAAGAGAGUAGGUGAGUUGUGUUUAUUCUCUUUGCUAAAGAAAUUGACAAAGUUUAAAAGAUGUUUGGUGGCUAGGACCUUAUGUGUACUGCUGAUAAGGUUAGGUGUUGUUCUGAGCUUUAUCUGUGGAUAUAGAGUGGCGAUUUGGUUGAGGUUUGUGUGUGGCUCCUCAGACUGCUGUGUAUUGCUAUCCUGCGGUCGUCACUAAAGUUGGCAUAACUAGAGAGGCAAGUGGUUGGCAACAUUCAUCUCUCGAGGGGGGGUCUAACUCAGUGUUACGAUGUGUUUGACUCUAGAUUAAUUUUAUGCCGGAAUAUCCCUUUAAUAUCAAUAGUGGGAUGUGGUGCCACAUACAACUGCAUAUGGCUUUUGUGUUUGUAAUUUGACAAAUGGCAUGGUCUAAUAACUACUAUCUCUCCCUUCAUGCCACAGGUAGCUUAUGUGUCUAAAGAUACUCCUAUGCUGCUUUACCUGAACACGCACGCCGCCUUGGAGCAAAUGAGAAAGCAAGCAGAGCGAGACAAUGAGAGGGGGCCAAGGGUAGGUUUUAAGAAAGAACCCUUUGGAAAGUUCUUAAAUACAAGCUUGUCAUAGUUUAGCAUAUCUUUUUACAGCAAAUUAUGAAAUCCCACAGGUGAUGGUGGUUGGACCCACGGAUGUUGGGAAGUCAACAGUGUGCCGACUGCUGUUGAGCUAUGCAGUGCGGGUAGGCCGGAGGCCAACACUAGUUGAACUGGAUGUUGGACAGAGUGGGGUAAGUUAAAUUGAGGUAAUAAUAAUCAUGGCUUCAGCUAGAAAUAAUAAGUUUAUAUUUUUAGUAUCCAUUAUUGUAUUGUUGAGAUUUAUCUUGAAUUCAAGCAAAGAUAAAUUAUUUAAUAGACAAGCUUAAUUGCAAAUUUUUGGUCAAGACAGUUGUGUCAGAUUUAGGAGCAACACAUACUUACAUGGCAGUUUCAGAAUCAGACACAAUUAAAUUGUCAACUGUCAUCAACUCUGUUUAAGUGUAAAGUAACUCUGCCCUUCAGGUUUCAGUUCCGGGUACAGUAUCAGCUCUGUGUAUUGAGCGCCCAGCAGAUGUGGAGGAGGGUUUCUCAGUCCAGGCUCCUUUAGUCUACCAUUUUGGCUCCACUACCCCAGGAACCAACAUUAAACUUUACAACAAGGUAAGAAAGAAGAGAUUGUAAAUGUUUCAAGCCAAACAGUUAAAAGCUGAAAGCACACUGUCUAUCUUCAGGUUUAUGACAUUGAUCUUUUUGCGUUGUCUUCUCCUGAAAUUUAGCUGACUUCAUGCCUUGCGGAGGUGUUUUCUCAGCGCUGUGAGGUGAACAGGAAGGCCAGUGUUGGAGGUUGUAUCAUCAACACCUGCGGCUGGGUAAAGGGCUCUGGAUACCAGGCUCUGGUCCACUGUGCCUCUGCCUUUGAGGUGGACGUGGUGCUGGUGUUGGAUCACGAGAGGCUCUACAAUGAACUCAAACGAGACCUCCCUCACUUUGUGCGAGUGGUCCUCCUACCAAAAUCUGGAGGUGUAGUGGAGCGCUCCAAAGAGUGCAGACGGGAUACUCGGGAUGAGAAGAUCCGUGAAUACUUCUAUGGUUUCCGUGGUGUGUCUUUUUACCCUUUCUCAUUUGAAGUGCGUUUCUCAGAUGUACGCAUCUACAAGAUCGGGGCACCAUCCAUCCCAGACUCAUGCCUGCCUCUGGGAAUGUCUCAGGAUGACACACAGCUGAAGCUAGUUCCUGUGACACCAGGAAGAGACCUCACAUAUCAUGUACUGAGUGUGAGUAGUGCAGAGGAUGGAGAGGAGGGUUCCAGAAAGGGUAUUGUGGAGAGUCCUGUUUGUGGCUUCAUUGUAGUGACCUAUGUAGACACACAACUCCAGGUGAUGAAAGUUUUGUCCCCAGCACCAAGACCACUGCCCAGACACACUCUGCUGAUAAUGGACAUACGCUUCAUGGACAUGAAAUAA